CACUCAGCGUUUGGGUGAAGACGGAGGCGGGUUCUAGAGAGACGUAGGCUGUCAGGGAGUGUUUAUUUCGCGUCCGCGUCUGUUACUCCCCGCCCCUGUGCUGCUCCGGGUCACAUACUCGUCCAGAGCUGGCUUCAGCCUCUCCGCGCAGAAGUCUCCCGGAGCCAUGGCCGAGUACUCCUAUGUGAAGUCUACCAAGCUCGUGCUCAAGGGAACCAAGACGAAGAGUAAGAAGAAAAAGAGCAAAGAUAAGAAAAGAAAAAGAGAAGAAGAUGAAGAAACCCAGCUUGAUAUUGUUGGAAUCUGGUGGACAGUAACAAACUUUGGUGAAAUUUCAGGAACCAUAGCCAUUGAAAUGGAUAAGGGAACCUAUAUACAUGCACUCGACAAUGGUCUUUUUACCCUGGGAGCUCCACACAAAGAAGUUGAUGAGGGCCCUAGUCCUCCAGAGCAGUUUACGGCUGUCAAAUUAUCUGAUUCCAGAAUCGCCCUGAAGUCUGGCUACGGAAAAUAUCUGGGUAUAAAUUCAGAUGGACUUGUUGUUGGGCGUUCAGAUGCAAUUGGACCAAGAGAACAAUGGGAACCAGUCUUUCAAAAUGGGAAAAUGGCUUUGUUGGCCUCAAAUAGCUGCUUUAUUAGAUGCAAUGAAGCAGGGGACAUAGAAGCAAAAAGUAAAACAGCAGGAGAAGAAGAAAUGAUCAAGAUUAGAUCCUGUGCUGAAAGAGAAACCAAGAAAAAAGAUGACAUUCCAGAAGAAGACAAAGGAAAUGUAAAACAAUGUGAAAUCAAUUAUGUAUGGAGUCUCGCUCUCUCCCCCAGACUGGAGUGCCAUGGCGCGAUCUCGGCUCAUCGCAACCUCCGCCUCCCAGGUUCAUGUGAUUCUCCUGCCUCAGCCUCCCGAGUAGCUGGGACUACAGGCGCGUGCCACUAUGCUCGGCUAAUUUUUGUAUUUUCGGUAGAGAUGGGGUUUCACCAUGUUGGCCAGGCUGUUCUCGAACUCCUGACCUUGAGCGAUGUGCCUGCCUUGGCCUCCCAAAGUGCUGGGAUUGCAGGCAUGAGCCACUGCGCCUGGCCUACAAUUAGACUUCUUUACAAGUGAAAAAGAAAUUAACAG